GUUGUUCCUUGCGGUUCAGGGGAUGGUUGAAAAGCUUUUAAAAUUUGAAGCCUUUUAUGGUGUUUUAGUUUAGCUGCUUAUAAGUGGCUUAAUCUUACUUUAAUUAUCCUUUUCUUUCAUAUAUGGGCAACCCAAAGAACAACCCAUUUCUGUCUCUUUCUCUCACAAUGAGUGUGGUUUUGCUACUCUCUGUCUCUUUCUCUUCCAACCCGCAUUAUUACAUAUGGCUAAGGCCAGAGCUUCUUCUUCUCAAUCACUGCUGGAUUUAUCAGUCUCUAUAAAUCAAACUCAUCCUUUUUUGAAUAUCUAAUUCAAAACCCAUCUCAGCCUUCAACUCGUUUUCAACUUGGAGGAGAAGGGUUUUUGGAAUUUGAAAGAAGAAUUGAUUGAUAUAUAGAUAUAUUAUAUCUAUAAUCAAUCGAAUUGAUCGAGUCGUGAAAUUAUCUGAGGAUAUGGAGAGGCUAAACUCAGAGCUGUACUUGCAGAACUGUUACAUAAUGAAGGAAAAUGAGAGACUGAGGAAGAAAGCUCAACUUUUGAACCAAGAAAAUCAAGCACUGCUUUCGGAACUGAAGCAGAAAUUAUCUAAAGGAAGUUCAAAGGCCAAUUCCUCAAAAUCAAUCCCUGAUCUUAAUCUCUCCUCUGCAAAUCCUUCAAAUUCUUCCAACUGAUCAUAUCAAUGGAAGAAGAUGAAGAAGAUGAUGAUGAUAUCAUGACCGCACUAAAGUUACUCUUUUUUUCUUUUUCUUUUUCUUUUUUUAAUGGUUUCAUUUUUUGUGAAUUACCAUAGCCAACAGUAGCAUGUAGUUUGGGUUUUCAGUUAUGUAGGACAGUCUGUAGCUUUAGCA